AUGUGGGAAUCCGACGCCGACGAGGAUGAGAACGUGCCCGAUGAUGACACGGCCGAGAGGAUGAGGGCAUUGGCGGCCUUCUGCUCGGUCUUGCCUGACUGGGAGUCCGACGACGGCUGGAUCGAUGUACUGAGCUGCCAAUCUGAGACGCCGGCCGAGCAGUCCUGCAGUGAAGCUCCCGAUUCGCCGGCGGCCAUGCCGGCUGAGGAGGCGAGGUCCGAUGUAUAUAUUUGGGAUGAUGACAGAGUAGAAGCAGAAUUAGGAGUAGAAGAAGUUGGAGUCUUCGUUGGUGCUGCCGUGCCGGCGGCCGCGGCGCCGCCGGAAGAGACGGCCUACCAUCACGGUGAAGGCUUCCGGGACGGAGGAUCGUCGUUCGUACUGGAAGCAGAGUUUGACGCCGAGGCUUUCGACGCCGGCGGCGAGCUCGUUGUGCAUAAUGUAGGAGUAGCCGAUGAAGCUUUAGAGAAUCAGCAGCAGCAGGAGGGUGGAAAUGUACAUUCGCCGGAUCCGAUCGCUUGCGAUCCUCCGGCUGUAGUUAGUGUGGAUAGCUGUGACAGAAAAAUACUACCAGUAAAGUCGUUGAAGAUGCCAAAUUUGCUCUAUUUCUCGCUCCGCUUUCCUCUGUUCCUUCACCUUCCUUUCGCAUUUUUACACGCCACGAUCAGAUCAGAUCUCCCAACGUACAUCACAAGAUCACCUGGACUCGACACGGCGUUGAGCAGAUGA